UGAUUAUUAAUUGAUGCAUCAGUUUUGUGCCGGAAUUUUGUCUUAUUAUCCUGUAAUCGAUCUUUUUUUGAAAAGGGCGUGAUGCUGAUGUGUUGAUGUAAACAUUGCCUCGUUUAUUUCAUCCUACAGAAGCAAAAAUGACUACGUUUGCCGAAAAACUGGAAAGAUUCCAAGCAUGGACCAUUGAAGUAUCAGAUCCACGAACGGACCAAUGGCUGUUGCUGACGUCACCAGCACCAAUAACUGUCAUAUUUGUUCUGUACUUGCUGAUCGUGUUUGCGGGACCGGGUUUUAUGCGACAUCGAAAUCCAUUGACUCUCAAAUGGAUCAUCAUUCCAUAUAACCUUGGGCUUGUAGGGCUGUCCGCUUAUAUGGCUUAUGAGUUCUUCAUGUCAGCAUACCUUGCUGGAUACAGUCUGAAAUGUCAACCAGUCGAUUAUUCAAACAGUCCUUUGGCCUUAAGGAUGGCAAAUGUGUGCUGGUGGUUCUUCUUUUCAAAAGUUGUAGAACUUUUAGAUACGGUGUUUUUCAUUCUUCGUAAGAAGCCGGAACAAGUGACCUUUUUGCACGUGUACCACCACUGCACGAUGAUCAUAAACUGGUACCUCGGAGCAAAGUAUAUAGCAGGGGGGCAAUCGUUUUUCGUGGCUAUGCUGAACUCGUUUGUGCAUAUCUUUAUGUACUCAUACUACGGCCUUGCUGCCUUCGGACCUCAUAUGCAAAAGUACCUCUGGUGGAAAAGAUACCUCACUAAAAUGCAACUGGCGCAGUUUCUAGCGUUUGUUGUUCACAUGGGGUAUAAUCUGACAAUAGAGUGCGCCUUCCCAAAGGGAUACACUAUCGCAGUGUUCAUUUACGCAAUUUCUUUGAUAAUUCUGUUCGGCAAUUUCUAUUAUCGGACUUAUUCCAGUAAGAAAAAGACCAAAACAAAUUAAAUGAUGUGUAGUUUUGUGUUAAAGCAUAUACUGUUUUGUAGUGUAUGUUUUUUACCAUAGUCAUUAUGUUAGUUUUGUUUAUAAUGAUGUUUGUUGCCAAUUAUGUUCGAAUUGUUAUUUGUCAAGUUUUUACUUAUUAUCCAACGUAUUCCUUAGUUUCAAUGGAACGUGUUUACGCAUCUACCAACGAAUUUUACAUUAAAGUAUUCAUAUAAGCACUAGUUCCUUAAGUGUUGAUAUAUAAUAUUAUAAUAAAAGUGAUUUAACAUUAUGCCAUUUUGUUUUGUCUGAAGACCUAAUAUAUCAGUGCUUUAUGAUAAACUUCACGAUAGCACAUAGAUAAGUGAGUUUGCAGUUAUUUUAUAAUGUUUGUAAUAGU